AACGCAGAGCCAGAGCCCCGGAGCCUCUCCCUGGGCGGCCAUGUGGGCUUCGACAGCCUCCCCGACCAGCUGGUCAGCAAGUCGGUCACUCAGGGCUUCAGCUUCAACAUCCUCUGUGUGGGGGAGACCGGCAUCGGCAAGUCCACACUGAUGAACACGCUCUUCAACACGACCUUCGAGACCGAGGAAGCCAGUCACCACGAGGAAUGUGUGCGCCUGCGGCCCCAGACCUACGACCUCCAAGAGAGCAACGUGCACCUCAAGCUGACCAUCGUGGAUGCUGUGGGCUUCGGGGAUCAGAUCAAUAAGGAUGAGAGUUACAGGCCCAUCGUCGACUACAUCGAUGCGCAGUUUGAAAAUUACCUGCAGGAGGAGCUGAAGAUCCGCCGCUCGCUCUUCGACUACCAUGACACGAGGAUCCACGUGUGCCUCUACUUCAUCACGCCCACCGGCCACUCCCUCAAGUCCCUGGAUCUGGUGACCAUGAAGAAGCUAGACAGCAAGGUUAACAUUAUUCCCAUCAUUGCCAAGGCUGACACCAUCUCCAAGAGUGAGCUCCACAAGUUCAAGAUCAAGAUCAUGGGCGAGUUGGUCAGCAAUGGGGUCCAGAUCUACCAGUUUCCCACUGAUGACGAGGCAGUUGCAGAGAUUAAUGCAGUCAUGAAUGCACACCUGCCCUUCGCCGUGGUGGGCAGCACCGAGGAGGUGAAGGUGGGGAACAAGCUGGUCCGAGCACGGCAGUACCCGUGGGGAGUGGUGCAGGUGGAGAACGAGAAUCACUGCGACUUUGUGAAGCUGCGGGAGAUGCUGAUCCGGGUGAACAUGGAGGACCUCCGCGAGCAGACCCACAGUCGGCACUACGAGCUCUACCGGCGCUGCAAGUUGGAGGAGAUGGGCUUCCAGGACAGCGAUGGGGACAGCCAGCCCUUCAGCCUGCAGGAAACAUACGAGGCCAAAAGGAAGGAGUUCCUGAGUGAGCUGCAGAGGAAGGAGGAGGAGAUGAGGCAGAUGUUCGUCAACAAAGUGAAGGAGACAGAGCUGGAGCUGAAGGAAAAGGAAAGGGAGCUCCACGAGAAGUUUGAGCACCUCAAGCGGGUCCACCAGGAGGAGAAACGCAAGGUGGAGGGGAAGCGCCGGGAGCUGGAGGAGGAGACCAACGCCUUCCACCGCAGGCGGGCCGCCCUGGAGGCCCUGCGGCCUCAGGCCUUGCACACCGCCUUGCAGCAGCCUCUGCGGAAGGACAAGGACAAGAAAUCUUGACCCUCAGCCUGGGACUACACAAACUGAAGCGAAUUCUCUGCUUUACUCGUGACAAAAUGCCAAACUGACUGCCCUUUCCCAGUGUCCAUCUUGCUGUCUUUUGAUUCUGUUUGAUUUGGUCGUCUGCGUAUCUUUUAAUGUGUCUGUUUUUGUUCUGUUUGUUUUAUUUUUAUUUUUCAGUUAACGCACGCACAGACUUACAUGUCAAGAGCGGACUUUAGACUUUCAUGUGUUAAGUUGCUUGAGUUACACCUUGUGACCCUUCUCCCAUAACAUGGUGUGAGGACGGACUGGGAGCCGGUACAGACUCCAGUGUUUACAGCCUUGCUCUGUCCCCACCCCCGCCCCAGGCUGUCUGGGCCUGGCAGGCCACCCCCCUCUCUAUGCAAACAUGACAAAGCCAUACGAAUGCUGGAAUCCCAAACUGACGAGGUUUAUUUUUUUCAGAGCCAGUGGCUGGUCUUCCAUUUACAGUGUCACUAUUCCUUGACGGAGCAGUUAUGUGCCGCUGUAGCAAAGGCGAUGCUCGGCCUAAUUGUUCAGCGUCAAGAUGGCAACUCAUGUGGUGCCUUAGGUGUGGCCGUGUGGUGUGGUAUACAUGCUGCAAAAAUUUGCCCGAUUCACUUUGUUUUAAUUUUUCUAACCUAGAGUUUAAUUUCAAUAACAACUUUUAAAACACUUCUAAAUUUUUAUUUUGUCACAAGCGUAAAGACAAAUAAUACCCUCUCCCAUUAUUUUCAUACGUAACACAGAUACCCCGAUUUUUAAAAACUAAAAAUAUCUCAGCCUUUUUUUAUGUAAAAGUAUCCCUAUAAUAUAUAGGGAGAGGUGGUAAUAAACAUCCUGUAAUGACGGUGUUUGGAAUUUCUUUACGGAUGAAAGUGGAACAUGAACAAGACCACGUCCAGAGUUUUCACUGUGAAUGUAAAUGGAACAGCAGCCCCAAGCCCUUGUCUGUGCCCCUGAGGUGCUACCUGUAAACAGGGACCAACUCCGUGUGUGUUAAGUGUAUUUUAUUCGGACUAAGACUCCCAAACCAGUCCUGCGUGUUCCUAAGGCACAAAGUGCUCAGCCGGGAAGAGGUUUUUUAUCUCAAGGUCCUUCUUUCCUUUUUUCCUGGCUGAGUCACAGGGCAAAAGAUGAAGGUGUCUGAUGUCUGUGGACAGUUUAAGAAAAAACUACCAGCAAAGAGCUUUUCCCUUUCAGCUGCAUUCUUAAGGGGGUUGUUUUAAGAAAGUACUAGCAUCAUUGAUUCUUCUAUGUUCCUGUUGGUUGGCAAGCCACCCAGAGGAUCAGGGUUGACAAUAUGGCUGAUAAAAUGGGAGACAAGAAAUGAAUGAAAGGAGGGAAGGAUUCUGUUGAAUGUUGAUGAAGCACUGUGCUGGGCACGGGCUCCAGAGUAACACGCAGCCCACCUCUCGAGGACAUCAGCCUAGUGCACUCCCGGGCUGGAAGCUUCGGCAGCCGUGCUGAUUGAUUUGGGGUUGAUAGUUUGUUUUUCAUGUCCUCUUCCUCCCCCUGAGCCCCCCAUUGCCUGCUUUAUUGAUUUGCAGGACCAUGUCUUGGCUUCCUCCUGCCCUUCUGAGAUGGUGCUCCAUUCAGAGUGGGGAGGAGGGGUGAGCCACCUGUGUCCACUGAGGCAUGGCCAGAAAAAGGCAGCCUUUGCACCUGAGGGGCUCCACGUGCCAGGAGCAGAGCAGGUGUUAUUGGUGCUCAAAGUGUAAGUUCUCCCAGUGUUAUGCCAUGACCAUGGUGGAUCCAGAUUUUGAAGGGGUAGGAACCUGAACUAUUGGAGAAGCCUUCUUCAAGAAGAACAUGAACACACAAUUAGGUACGGGGCCUUGAGGACUGGGCUUCAUUAGCCUCCCAGGACAUCCACCUCUGGUUGUGAUCAUGUGGGUAUCCAAACAGGCAAAGUUAGCAUAUCUAAGGCAGAUGUGGCUUGUCUUUAGAGUCAGUAUGUGAAAGUAUAACUUGGGCAGAAGUAUGACCUGAAGAUAUAGCCGCUGUCAGCUAAUGUAUUUCUGAGGACUCAUCCUCGAUGACCCAGUGGAUUCACUCGUUUUAUAAGAAAUGAGGACUCCUGGUUUAUGAGCCCAUUUGGGGACUCGAGUGGGCAGAUUCUGCCACCCAUUCACCAUGGCCGGCGGGCCACUCCCGGGGCAUGCUGGAAGGCCAGAUGGUGGCUGGUUCCAAUUGCACUUUCUGGGGUCUGAGCUGCCUCCACAGGUUUCAUUAGCUUUGGCGAACCUCACUACACUUCUUUCCCUGCGCUGUGUGUUUGGAAUUUUGUCAUCAUUAGCUGAGACCAAAUUAAUCCUUGGUGCACAAGGUGAGUUUAAAACUUGCCAUUAUUUAACUGGCUACCCCUCAUGGAAUGUGGCCCCUGCCCGCAGAGUCUGUUUCCCUCUCCUCUUGUUUCUCAGUAUCAUUGAUUGGCAUUAUUUGGGCUGUCAGUGGGAUCAUGCUGGCAUUUGUCUUUCAAGAAUCAAGUUGGUUUGGGGGAGAAUCACCAUAUAAUUUAUUGUCCAAACGGAGAGGUUUCAGAGUGAAAGGAGAUGCUGUUAAUUAUUCCAGCUCAACAGGCGUAAGCCAGAACUAUCUCAGGCAAACCGGGAAGUCUGGUCACCCCAGUUAUGGGGAACCGGAGCCUAGGUGGUUUGUAAUGGUGCAGACUGACUGCAUGGAUGUUUUCAUGCCUCUGUGUGGGUUCCCUGUUAAGUGGGGCUCACAUUACUGGAUAAGGGGCCUGAGGGAAGUGUGGCUUGCUAGUCUGUUACGUUAACAUGCUUUUCUAAAACGCUCCCCUUGUCAAUUCAUUUACUCCUUCAUUCAUUGACUGUUUUUGUUCCUUUCCAUUCACUUUGUACUUGUUUUCUCCCCCCAUUAAAUUUUGCAUUUAUUUUGA